AUGGAUCCAGAAGCUCAAAAAGAAAACAGAGAAGACAGUGCUGACAAAAAAGUGGUGGUAGAGAUCAUGGCAAGAUGUUUUAUUCCAGCUCUAAUAACCACCACCUCCUGGGAGGGAUUUCAUUUUGUUGGUCAUGAUAUUCGAAUUACUGAAGCCACAGACUGUUAUGGUGCUGUUGUUUGGCCCUCGGCCCUUGUUCUAUGCUAUUUUCUGGAAACAAAUGUAAAGCAGUAUAAUAUGGUUGACAAAAACGUGAUUGAAAUUGGAGCUGGUACAGGGCUAGUCUCUAUUGUGGCAAGUUUACUUGGUGCUUAUGUGACUGCCACAGAUUUGCCUGAAUUACUUGGAAACCUGCAAUAUAAUAUUUCCCGAAACACCAAAAUGAAAUGUAAACAUUUGCCUCAGGUUAAAGAACUCUCCUGGGGCGUAGCUUUAGACAAGAACUUCCCCAGGUCCUCCAAUAAUUUCGACUAUAUCCUGGCGGCUGAUGUUGUCUAUGCUCAUCCUUUCCUGGAGGAACUCCUCAUUACUUUUGACCAUCUGUGCACAGAAACUACCGUCAUCCUCUGGGUCAUGAAAUUCAGGUUAGAGAAAGAAAAUAGAUUUGUAGACAGGUUUAAGGAGUUGUUUGAUCUGGAGGAGAUUUCUAGUUUUCCUAGCCUGAAUAUUAAGUUGUAUAAAGCUAUGAAAAAAAUCAGAGGAAUGCAUGAUGUCCUCAAAGGAGGACUUGGAAAGUGA